AACUGUGACGAGUAAUAAACCAAACAGUCUCGUACUGCUUAUGAAUACGAUCGGACAUAUUAUUAAAAUGUCUAAUUUAAUUAUAUGUAUUCUAUUUACUUUCUUCAUAAUAAUCCCAGCUUAUAGGGUAAUAGAUAUAUCUAACACUUUAAACGGUAUAGGAAAUAUAAAAAAGUUAUCAAAAAAUAAUUUAUAUUUCUUAUCAGAUAAGUUUUAUAGUGGCGCUAACAAGGUAGACGUGAAGUUGUAUUACGAGUGUCUCUGUCCAGACUGCAAGCGGUUUGACAAGUAUGAAUUUGGUCCCGCUGUAGCGAAGCUGAGUCGAUACUUGAACAUACAUACUUAUCCUUACGGAAAUGCGAAGACUAUAGAAGAAAACGGUAAAAUCGAAUUCAAAUGCCAGCACGGCCCUGCUGAAUGUUACGGGAACAAGCUGCAUGCCUGCGCUAUCGACCACUUGCAAAACGUUACAAAGGCAGUGUUGUUUAACGUCUGCAUGAUGGAUUCCGACAACGAUCUUGGUUCAAAUGACGAAGCUGCUGACAGGUGCGCAUUGUCUAUGUCUUUGGACUCAAACCCAAUAAAGGCAUGUGCUAAGGGAGAACGAGGAACACAGCUACUUAAAUAUUAUGGUGAUGAGAGCAUGAAAGUGAAUUUUCAAUAUGUACCUUACAUUCUUAUUAACGGACAGGUCAGUGAUGGUACUGACUUCAUGAGGGACGUUUGCUCGCAAUUUCAUGUUUUGCCACCACCGUGUAUGAAAUACUAUAACAAUUAUGUGUAAUAAUAAUUUUGUCAUAAAAAUAAUAAUAUUUUGAAAUA